CUCGUCUGCAGUAUGUAACAAAACACGGUGAACAUAACAUCCUCGAGCUAAAAUAGCCGUUUUCGCAUUUCGUCAUCUGCUCUAAAUUUGCAGUCAUAUGCAUUUUAGAUGAGCGCGCGCCACACAACAAACCUGUGUCAUGGAAGACUCUGUCUGUCUUCAAAUAUACGCGUCUUUACGAGGAUAUCCAUAACAUAUUUUUUGAGAAAGUAUAGGCUAUACAGUAGGGUGAGAGCAGUGUCGUUUCUCUCGUGUGAAUGUGUGGGGCGCGUGUAAAAUGACCGAACUAACAACUGUGGGUGAGGAAGGCAGAGCAGAGCCAAAACUCCACUAGGAUUGGACAUCAGGCGGUGCUGUGGAGGAUUCCCGGGGAUUGCUGUGACUCCUAAAACACUUGAGCUUUUAAAACAGCAGCUUAAUCACCAAUAAACCCAAUGGCAGCAUCGGAGAAAACACUCAUUUACCGGGAGGACACUGAUUGUUUUAAGAACUUGCUUUCUAAAACAGACAUGCGCAUGAUCGCCGCGCAACAAGAGUCAAACUAUGUGGAUCUGAAUGACUUGUUGGAGCUGAGAUUGGAUGAUACAAAAACAGCAACUUUUAACGGCGACUCGAAUCAAAUUGCAGCUAAUAAAAGUGCCAGUGGCACGAGCGAUUCACAAGAAGAGCGGCGCGCUGAAAAAAUCAAUGAUUAUAAAAGCACACCGGAGGAGGACAGCGCGGAAAAGUCGAGCUCCUUUGAAACAGCGACUUCGGAAGUACCUCAAGUUGAUGACAAAGAUGCAGAUUCUGUCGGGGAUAAACCCAAAUCUCCAGAUCUGAAUAAUGAACAGUACAACGACGUUUAUAUGAGCAGCAAAAGUGAAUCGGAUGAUGAGGCCACUGUGGUGCUUUCGGACCACGACACGUCUGAAGUGCGCGAGGAUGAGUCCCACUACAUCACAACUCACGAAAUCCAGCUUUUAGAGUUGGACCACGAUGUGGAUUACGACAUCGAGACGGGAUCCAGCUGGGAUCUGGAGGACGAUCUCCGGGUUUACACGUUUGUCGAUUAUGCGUCUUUUGACAGUGAUGAAACGCUGGAGGCAAAAGAGGCGAGCGUGACAGGCAACCAGAGCGCAGCAGUGGUCAGCAGUAAGCCUGAAAGCAAUCUCUGUGACGCGGACAAAUGUGCCAGCUCAGAUGAGGGCCUGUCUAAAAAGCAAAAUACAGCAGGGCAGAUUCACCUGUCAAUCAAAGCCACUUCCCGCGCAGUGAAUGACAAGGGCAACAAGCAAAAUCAGGCAAAAGACAUAAGUCGGUUUGUUUUGAGAGGAGUGGAUGUAAAGGGGGAGAAAGUGUGUGAUAACACAAAGUGUUUCAUUGCUGUGCCAGGGCGCUUGCACUUUGGCAGCAAACGAAAAAGCAAAGAUGUGAACGAGUAUUCCAGUGGUUCGUCCAGCGCGGUGAGCGAGCUGGAUGACGCGGAUAAGGAAGUGCGUAAUCUCACUGCCAGGGCUUUCAAAAGUUUGGCGUACCCAUAUUUUGAUGCAAUAAACUUCAAUACUUCUAGUGAGUCUUCAGUCUCGGAGCAUGGGCCAGGAAUCAACAGCUGGUCAGCGUUUGUUGAUUUUAAAUAUGGCAAGGGGAGAGAUCAAAACUUAGUGGCGCAUAAAGGCUCCACGUCUAAUUUCCAUUUCACUAAAAAGAGAGACGGUAAGGCGAUAACAGGGUUGACGUUAACCAGCAUGCGAGCGCCCCCAGUCGAGAUUUUUGCUCUGAACGGCAAUUUAGUUGGGCACAAAAACUCAUCGUCCACCACAAAAAAGAUUGAGCUCAUGGGAAAGUUCUCACAGGGGCAAAGCGGGCUCAUAAGAUUGACAGAAACACUUAAUAUUCGAAGUAAUGUCAAAUCUGGGCACCCUGUAAACGAAAGCACUGAAGGAUCACGUUCCACAGAUGAAGUUACAAACACCUUGCCAAGCGCUCAAGGGAGUGAGGCCAGCAAGCCACCCUGCAAUGCAGGGGAAACCAUGGAAGACACGCACAAGAAAGCCAUAUUCGCAUCGAGCCUCCUCAAAAAUGUCAUUUCUAAGAAAAUGCAGUUCGAGCAGGAGCGCAAAAUGGAGAGGGGCGAGAUAUGCGAGACGCACCACGCGCCCUCUCCAUGUUUCGCCACGCACGAGCACGAAGCGCAGAGAGAGAAAGCGGCCAGGAGAGACUCCAAAGGUCUGCAAAGGCAAAGCUCGAAGUUCUCCGAGGCAGACUCCGACUUCACGAUCGUCUGCGUGGACGAUCUGGGCGACAUAGUAGAUGGUAAUUCAAGCGAUGCCAAAGACGACGGGCGCAAAGAAGAGAGCGCGUCGGAAACCAAUUUAGAGUCGGCGAAUGAUACUAAAAAAGGAGCAUUCGAAGCAUCCAAAAGCACGCUGCUUCGAAGCCAAAAUAGCGCGUUCAGAUCUUGGAGGGACGGCGAGCUAGAGUUUCAAAAGGAACAUAAAAACGACAAAACUCCUGAGGGAGCACCGCUGCGCGAGCGUCCGGCGGAGACCAACUUCUGCGUCGGUUCGGUGAUCGGCAACCACACUAAAAUGUCACAUUUGUUUGUGCCAAGUAUCCAGCUUCCGUGCGCGGAGAGAGACCUCAGGAAACCACCGCCGAAUGUGAACUAUCAAGGAGAGAGCGGGGCUGUGAAGUGUCGCUCGAACACCCUCUAUGUGUCAGACGCCACGCGCAGCGCGGUGACCUCAAAGUCGCCCGAAAUCAAAAUAAGUUUGCGGAGCGUGCGGGACAACAAGAGCGACCCGUUCAACAUCGCCAAGCUCCUGACGCCAAACGUAGGCUGCAAGACAGCCGAUGACGCCAGAUGUCAAGCGCUCGCCGCGGCUUUCAAGGGUGAGUCUGACAAAGUGCCACACUUUAUAGUCAGAGACAUUAGAGAUAACAAGCAAGGCAAGCUGCAGACUCCCAUUCACCAGGUUAGAGACGUGCGCAAACUGGUAAAGAGCUCCUAUCACUUUGUGUCUUUAGAUAACAACGAUAACAAAUCAAUGCACUCGACUUGCGAUGGAGAGCAGAAAACAUUAAAGCAGAGUCCUUAUCUGAACUCAUCCCCUCUUACACCCAUAGUCAUUAAAUGCCAGUCUGUGAAUACAAAUAGCAACGUGAAGCAAGCCGGAAAUUUAAUAGAGCCCCCCAAGAGACGAUUUCCAGAGGAUCUAGUUGAAACUGACAGGUCCUCUCCUCAUGCUGCUGCAGCUAACAGGCUGCCAAAGCAAGAGGUUCCAGCUGAAUUAAAAACUGAGACGAGUGCAAAAAACCAAGACAAAACAAGCGACACCAGCGAGAAAAAACAUGAAUACAAGAAGCCCAACCAAGCUGCUUUUGAGAAACUGCAAGCCGCCGUCAAAACGAUGGAGCAGCUGUAUGUUUUUGACAGGAAUGAGUGGAAGAGAAAGACAGAGCCACGUCCGCUAACAGACAGCCACGUGCUCUCGCUUAUCACCACUGAGGAACACACCAUAGAGGAUCAGGAAGUAAACACACCUGCUGAUCGCUUCCUGAGACGAGAUUCAAACUCAAACUUGAUUGAAACUCCAACAAAAAAGGAUGACAAGCCACCAGGCACUCCCCUCACCCAGGAGCAAAAUGGCCCCAAAACACUCCUGCAGCUAUCAGGAACGCCAUGUAAGCAUAUUACCCGGAAACCUGCAGCCACAAAAGCACCGCAAACCCACAUUUCAUCACCAGCAUUCAAAGUGGUGACACCCAAAUCACCAAAACUACCCGUAUCCUUGAAGAUAUCCCAGCCAAAACGUGCACUUGAAGAGAGGGAGAGACCCAACGGCAGUGAAACUCAGUUUGCACCUCUCCAGUUCACCUCCAUAGCAGAUUCAGAGAACUACUUAACCAUCCCUGUGAAGCCUCAUGCCAUGUCCGCCAGAAAGCAAACCACAGGCAAAACGGCUCUCUACACAAUCCCAUCUGGAGGAGGUAAACCCCAAACGGCCAGUCCGCCUUCCUACCUGGUUCACAGUGACAUCAUCAGUCACCCGUCACCAAAACGGUCAUCUUUUGUAAUGGAGACACAGUCCCCAGAUACCGCCACUAUUUACCACACACCCCUGCCUGUCCCAAUGCAGGCUGCUCAGCCUCAAGUCAUCUGUUUCUCCCCUACAGUCCAACCCUCCCCUGUACCGACAGAGCACUUCCAGGCGACCCAAAGAAAGAUGCUGCUGGAUCCCACUACUGGAAGCUACUAUUUAGUGGACACUCCAGUCCAGCCAGCCACCAGGCGUCUAUUUGACCCAGAAACGGGGCAGUACGUAGACGUCCCAAUGCCACCGCAGCCUCCCAUGACCCCCGUCCCACUUCCGAUAUCCCCUCUCGCCCUUGGCCCGGGAGCUUACGGCCACACCUACAUGUUUUACCCGGGAUACAUGCCAACCACAAUGAUCCCCACGCGCACUAUUCAAUCCCAGCUCUCUAUGCAGUCCGAAGCAGAUGAUGUGGAUAAAGCCCAUUCUCACAUGGGGCAGCAGGAGGAGGGAGCUUAUAUAGAGAGGCCUUACUAUAUGCCGUCUGGGAAGUCGUCACAAUCGAGCAGCAUGGCUCAACAUGUUACCACCAGCAGACUGGCCAAUAGCAAGCAGCCCGUCAUCAGCAUCACAUCUCAGCAAGGGCCGAGGAUCAUCGCUCCACCCUCAUUCGACGGCACCACCAUGAGCUUUGUGGUGGAGCAUAGGUAAAGCCCCACUCACCUGCAGCAAGCAUAAAGAAUACAAGUUUGGAAUGACAUGAUGGAGCCACGUGACAUCUCCUUUUCGCUGAGUUUGGUGACUUUAUUUACUUUAUUUUGGGAUCUUCUUCAUUUUCUUCAUCAUGACAUCGCACAAUUCUUUAUGUUUGCCCAUUAUCUGCUUUUGUUUUUGUUUAUGUAAUCUUGUUUUGUUUUAGAAAUCUGCUUUUCUUAACUUUUUGUGAAAGUGGAUGGGUUUUUCAGGAUUCAUUUUUUUUUUAAUUCCUGCACAUUUACUGCAUCGGUUAUUGUUUAAAAGAAAAAGAAAACACUUUAAGCACCUUCAGAAUGAUGUCAGUGAAAUAUGUUAAAGCAACUCAAUCUCACGGCAAUUCAUAACGUUUUGAUUUAGUGGCUAAUUCAGAUAAAUUCAUAUGAUCUCAUUCGUACAAUUUAGUAUGAUAUGCUCAUCCCCCAAUGACGGUUGGGUUUAGGGGUGGGAUUGGGUGCCACGUCUCCUAUUUAAAAGCGUACAUUUUCAUAUGACUGUAAAUGUAAAAUAUUUACGUUUGCUUGUGAGAUCAUGCUGGUGAAAGAGAACGACGUCUAUCUAGCAAUUUAAUAAAAUCAGGCAAUAAAUAUGGUCACAACUUUGUAAUUUGCAGUAUGAAACAAUAAUAUUUUUGAGCUUUGUUUAAACAGUACACUAUAAAAAGUAAUAAGUUACUUAAAAAGUGAGUAAACCUGUAGCCUUAAAAGCGUCAAGUUGACUUAACUUUAAAAAGUGAGUAAACCUGUUUACUUAAUAAUAGUAAGACAACAUGUUUACUCACUUUUUACAGUAAAUUCAACUAAUCGUUUUUUAUGCUUGAUUCAAUUGAUAGUUUUCAGUGCAGAGACCUGGCGGGCAAAAAAAACAAAACAAUAGGCUGUAAUGGCAGCUACACUGGGAUCUCCAUAGGAACGCAGCACAAAUUGCUCAUAUUUCCAUCUGUUUCAAGCUACGAAUAUUUGGAUCACAUAUCAACAGAACGAAACCGAGAUAUGAUCACAACCUGAAAAUUGUGGGCACUUGCGAUAUAUUCUGCACCUGCAGCCAUAUUUUAAUCAUUUAAAACCUUUACAACCCUGUCAGAGCUCCAAUUCGGCAAUAUUUACAUCUAUCUUGUGGAUAUUCCUCAGCAAUUUAGUCAUUGGGGAUGGCGUUAUAGCACAUGAGUGUCUGCUUUUAAACUUGGUGUUGGUUUGUUUUGCUUAGAUCCAUAUUUGCUGGUAGGGAAAAUCUGUUCGUUCACUUCUGCUUUUUAUACUUGGCUUUGUUUUUCAAUUUAUUCUUUAAAUGCAACUUGGAAAAUAAAAUAGAAACUGUAUAAAAAGCAUACAACAGCACUGACAGUUUAAGAUAUCAUAGAUUGUUAUGGGUAAAUGAUGCUACCUUUUAGCACAAUUUCUCCUUUCUGGCUGUUCUUUCUAUGAAGGAAUUCUGUUGAAGCACAGCCCAGGCAUGUCUCCUCCCCGGUUAGUAAUGCUUUAUGUUAUUGCACAAUAGUUAUCCGGCUUUUUGGCCAAAAAAGGGAGAAAAUACUCAGUCCGUGACUUGGCGGGCAGUAGCAGACAGUAAUUUUUUUGCCUGCCAGGGGAGCAUUGAAAACUAUCAAUUGUGGCACUAAUAAAAAUAUAGGCUCUGUGAAAAACUUAAAUCCAUGGAAACUUUAAAAUGCACUAAAGUUUCUUUACAAUGGUAAAAAAGUUUAUUUGGAUUUUUAAAAUGGUUUAAAAAGGUUUAAAAUACAAAAAAAAUAUUAAAAACUCUUACUUAUAUUGUAAGAGUGUAUAACACUAUGUGAAUUUUAUGCCCAACGUCAACUUUUUAUGUGCCACUUGCAAAGUUCAUAUGCCUUUCAACAUAUUCCAUUUGAUAGUGCUUGAACACAAACACUCGACACAUAAAAAUAUCCAUUCUGGCCCAAUUGUCUGCAUUUUCCUCUCCAAAAAUGACAAGCUGCAGAAAAGUCAUUGUACUCAUUGUACUUAAAUUACAGUUUUACCAAUAAACCAAAUCACCAGUGUGUAAGUAUAGCUACAGUAUAUAUCCAAUGCUGAUCAAUUAAAAUAAAAGACUUGCUAUAUUAUAUCUAGGCACCUAUGUUGGUAAAUUAUUAUUUGUUGGUUUUAAACAGGUUCUCUAUAAUGUAAAAUACAUAUAAUUUGUCCUGAUAUCCAUCAUUCCUUGACCGAUAAACUUCUCGUGACCUUGAUUCUCAACACUCUUCCUUGAGAGCUUAAUGAUUUACAGUUUUAUAUUGUAUUUUUUUAUUUUUUGCUGUUGUUUUUGCGCUGGUAUUUAAUAGGCCACACAUUAUGAUGAUAUAUGAUGUGGUGAAUGGGGUGUUUUAGGGGAUUAUGAUAUUCCUCUAUUAUCUCACAAUACCAGUGUGGUUUGAGUGUGUAUGAGAAUGUGUUUACCAAGUCAUUUUGAUCUGGUAUCGGAGUUUAAUCUCGUGGCAGCAGUGAUAAUGAGUCAAUGUCAGGUGAAUUGAUUUCAGGGGAAGAAGUGAAAGAUAUUCGAAGGUAUUUCAUGUAUUUUUCAAUAUAUAGAAUCUGUUUGGAACGUAACCGUUUAGCAUCAAGUCAAAAUGUCCUUAAUUUCAAGAAUAUUCAGAAUAUGCUGAAUAAUAAAUGAAUGGUUCAAGUAGUUUACAAUCAGGGUUUUCAGUUUUCUUUGCAAUUCAAAAUGCAAUUUGAUAUUCAUUAUAGUACAUUCUGUGUCUUAUUCAUGAUAAACUUGCAAUAUUUCAUUUAAUUAAACAUAUUUAUAAAAAAUAUAUGGGCGACCAGUAUUAAAAACAGAAUAAAAUGUUUAGAAUUAUGUAAAAAUAAAUAAUAUUAAUUUAGCAUUUUAUUAAUUUAGCAUUUUAUUAUUACCUUUUCUUCAGAAAAACAAUCUCUGGUUCCCAAAGAAUAUUUCAGUUUUUGUUUUUUGUAUUUUUAGUGUGGAAAAAAACAUUUUAAAAGUCUAAUGAACUUUUUUUAAUGGAAAGUUUUCAUGGAUUUGCUAAUAUGUAAAACACCGCAGUACGUUUUCAAAAUCUUAAUGAUAAACAUUGUAAACAUUCUUUACAACCAAAGACUAUAACCUAAAACACAAGAUAUGUCACUCCUAUAGUUUUUAAUGGGGAAAAGUGUAAUGGUGCCUUCAUACUAGACACGGAUGAAGCGUUAAGUGCGAGUGAUUUACAUGUUAAGCCAAUGCAAAGACGUGAAUAGUCAUCCUGCAUCCCGAUUCAUGGGAAUGAGGCAGCGUGAAUGAAGUGGUGCGGGUUAAGCGUUUUACACGUCAAAGUUGAAAAAUCUGAACUUCAGCAGACAUUCACGCCGUGUUAACGAAUCAGGAGCUUUAUCUUGUAGGGGUGUGAUUAUGACAUAGUGCCUGUUGUUGGUGUCCCCAGGAGACAUCCUCUUGCUGACACAGGACAACAGCUCUUCAAAAUGGGCUUGGCUAUGUAGGAAGCACCGCUUAAAGUCUCCAUCAUUUAGGUGAAAUUUCUGAACUCACAGAGCUGGGUGCACCACUGAAAAAAUCUAGUGGACUUAGACACAGUGCCAAACGAAUAUAUGCUGUCUUUCAGCCUUCCUAAAUCACAAGGCACAGCUAUUCUCUCUAUAAAAUUCAUGUUAGCCAAUUAGCAAAAAAUGAAUUUGAUGCUUGAAUGAAGCGAGUAAACUCAAAAUGUCCUUUUACGUGUGAAAAGCGUGAUUUAUUUGUGCGUCCCGUGUCUGGUGUGAACACAGCAUAACUGUCAAUAUGGCGAAUGAAGCCCCUCCUUCUAGUACAGGAGCCAGUCAUUGAACACUAUAGACUGUAAUUCUCCAGGGGAGGGAUUCGGACCACACAUGAGUUUCUGCAGAUUCUGUGAGAUUUGAACAUUUAGAAAUUAAACUAUUAGACAGUUGUUGUUUAACCUUAUUGGUGAUUCCUAAUGUGAAAUUUAAUUGCUUGGCAAGCAAUUUUGGAGAAUUUGAUGUUUCCCCAUUCAAACAAAAUGCUUGAGCAUACUGCUCGAGAAGCCUUUCAAAAAUGGUCCCUGAGUGAAUUACUUGCCUUAAAGGGACUUUGACGCGACUGACAUAAUUCUGAAUCUUUGAAUAACUGUCAAUACAUUUGGAUCCUGUUUUAUCUCUGUCCCUUUUUUGAUGCAUCUAGUUUGUUUUUAAUAACUCGUGUUUGUGAAUUCGUUGAUUAUUUCAGCUGUUGGAGCUGCUGGCCAGUCCGUUAAGCUGACUUUUGAGAAUGUUUGAUGUGGCACUUUCUUUAAAUUGAUACAAACAUCCAUUCAGAGUGUUUCAAUUCAGUGACAAGUUUACUUAAAGGUAUUUUUUAAGCAAAAUAAGUGUAUGAAGUGUAACGCUAAAUGUUUUUGUUUGUUAUGUGCUCCAUGUUGGUUUUGUGCAAAGGAGCUCCUAAUGAUGUAAGGAGUCAAAUGAUGUCAUAAGAUGACAUUUGAAAGUGGAUUAUUCCUGUAAUAGCCGGUGUAAUUAUAAGCAUUAACUGUUCACUUGAUCAGUGAUGUCUGAAUGAGACUGAAGUGAUGAUAAAGUUAUGUUGCGAAGGUUAGAGGUACGUUUGAAGAUGGAUAUAGGUGAAAUAUUGGAUGAGAAUAUACAUCAUUGAUGUCUAGAAAGAAUAAGGAUUGAGGUUCAAAACAAAAGAAUGCAAAAAGAAAAAAAAAAACGAGAAAUGCAUAUUGGUUUGAAGUUACAGGAAAAAUAAAAAUUGUACUUUAA